CGGAAACGGAUCCUCGGAUCGCGUCCAAAUGGCGGCGACGGCUCGAUCGCUCCUCGAUCGCCUCAUCCAGCACGCCGUCGGCCCCAAACGCACCUCCCCCGCCGCCACUUCCGCCUCCACCAUCAUCCGCCAUCUCGACUCCGGCGACCUCCGGAAGGCCAUCGCAACCCUCUCCUCUUCCGCCUCCCCCUUUCCCGACAACGUCUACGCUAGCCUCCUUCACCUAUGUUCCUCCCGGCGCUCCCUCGUCGACGUCCGCCGCGUGGAAUCCCACCUCGUUGCCUUCUCCCCAUCCUCCUCCCCCUCCAUCUUCCUACUCAACCGCACCAUCGUCACGUACGCGCGGUGCGGCAGCCCGGCGGACGCCCGCGAACUCUUCGAUGAAAUGCCCACUAGGGACGGAGGUACAUGGAAUGCUAUGAUCUCUGCAUACGCCCUCUCCGACUGCCCUAACGAGGCGGUCUCCCUCUUUUCCAGAAUGAAUAGCGCCGGAAUCCGACCUAAAGAUGUCACCUUGGCGUCCGUGCUUGGCUGCUGCGCCGACCUUUUGGCCUCCUUCCUCGCUCGGCAGAUACAUUGCCUUAUUUUGAAGUAUGGUUAUCUUCCUAAUGUGAUUCUGGAUACGUCUGUUGUUGAUGUCUACGGUAAGUGCCUUGAGAUGAAUGAUGCUCGCAAGAUGUUUGACUUAAUUCUCCACCCAAAUGAAAUUUCCUGGAAUGUGAUUGUUCGUCGGUACCUCGAGGCAGGCAGUGCAGGAGAGGCAAUGCUAAUGUUCUUCCAAAUGAUUAGAGAAGGGGUGAAACCUUUGAGCUUUACUGUGUCAAACACUCUCAAGGCUUGCUCAAAGGUCCUUGCACUUAAGGAAGGAAAUCAGAUCCAUGCAUAUUUAUUGAAGACUGGUUUCGAAGGGGACAAUGUUGUAGGCUGCUCUUUGAUGGACGUGUAUGCGAAGUGUGGGGUCGUCGACGAUGCUCGGCAAUUGUUUGAUCAAUUGCCUUGCAAAGAUGUUGUCUCAUGGACAUCGAUGAUCUCAGGCUAUGUGGCAUGUGGGAGAGUUGAUGAAGCUGAAAAGAUCUUUGAAGAGAUGCCUGAAAGGAAUGUCAUUUCUUGGAAUGCACUAUUGGCCGGUUACAUUCGGUUCUUUUGUUGGGACAAGGCAUCAGAUUUCUUUUGCAGGAUGUGGAGGGAGACAGGAAAAUUGGACCUUGUUUCACUAGGAUUGCAAUUGAAUGCUUGUGCUGGCAUUUCUGAUCUUGACCGUGGAAAGCAAAUUCAUGGGUUUGCUUAUCGGCACAACUGGGAGUCAGAUAAAUUCUUUCGAAAUCAAUUGGUCGAUAUGUAUGCAAAAUGUGGUAACCUUAGGAAUGCUGAAAUUUCAUUUUCCAUAAUGGCUGAUCAGAGGGAUACAGUUUCUUGGAAUUCUUUAAUAUCUGGUUACAUACGAUAUGGCAGGAGUGAGGAGACAUUGGUUGCUUUGAGUGAGAUGCAGAGGGAGACGAUUCCAAAUGAGUUUACUUUCACAACAAUAUUGGCUGCUUGUGCAAAUAUUUUCAUGCUUGAUGUUGGCAAGCAAAUUCAUGCUUUCAUGGUAAGAAAUGGUUUUCAGCUGAAUGCUAUAGUCAGGGGUGCAUUAGUUGACAUGUAUUCCAAGUGCCGGUUGAUAGAGUAUGCCAUCAAAAUUUUUGAAGAAGAGAGCACUCGGGAUCUGAUCCUUUGGAACACAAUUAUAUUGGGAUGUGCAUAUAAUGGGAGAGGUGAACAAAGCCUUGAUCUUUUUGAAGAAAUGAAGAAGGAAGUUGCAGCCGACAAUGUCACAUUCAUUGGUGUUUUGCUUGCCUGUGUGAGUCAGGGAUAUGUUGAUCUUGGUAGACGGUAUUUUGAUUCAAUGAGUAAUGAGUAUGGUAUCAUACCUCGAAUUGAGCACUAUGAGUGCAUGAUUGAACUGCUAGGCAAAUAUGGGUGGAUGGUUGAACUGGAGGACUUCAUUCAGCGGUUGCCAUUUGAGCCAACUAUCCCGAUGUGGAUAAGGAUCUUCGACUGCUGUCGAGAACAUGGCAACAUAAGACUAGGAGAAAGGGCUGCAAAAUUCAUCAAUGAAUCUAACCCAUUAACUCCCGUUCAGUUUGAGAUCAUUCCAAGAGCAGGACAUCAUAUGCCAUGCUCAUCUGGGUAAAUAGGUAACGAAGAUCUGUCAUGUUUGUUGAGGUUGGAUUUCUUUGGUAUUUUAAGCAAAGAUCGUUCAAACUGAACGAAUGAACAAAGAUAGGAACUGAUCAAUUAUGUUAUCAUGGUCAAGAAAAGGAUUGAGAGCAGUCUGCUUUGUGAUUAGCUUGAACAUCUUGUUCAUCCUGAAGGAACAAGUGACUUGCUUAUAGAUGUCAACGACAAGCAAUGCGGAACAAGUCUUUUAUAAGGCAGAUAAAUUUACAGAUAAAGGUUUAAAAUAUCAUUACAUAUUGGAAGAUCAGUUGCCUGCCAUAAUGGUAUAGUCUCAGUGCCGGACUACCAUAGCCGAGACUAGUGUCAAAGAACAUGAGUAGGAGGAAUGGAUCAAGAUAGAGGACCAUGAGUACAAGGAAGUGAUCAAGUAGAUGUGGAAGAAGAGGCAGCAACAACUCACUCUCAAUAGGUGAGAAGAAGCAACAGUGCUGUCCUAAGUUGGAAAAACAACAUGAGAGGAAUGCAUAUCUAUGUUGUUUUGUAUGGCGGUUCUUCUGUGGAACAGCUCGUGCUGCUCAUUAUGAGUGGACACUGAACAUUGUUUUAAUCUUCGCUUGUGCACAUAUACAUCACAUUUUGCAAGAUAGGCAUGGUUCUUGUAUCCGAAUUUAAUUCGUCCGUGAUUUAUCUCUUCUGUGUUAGUCCUGGGACGGAUUGACAGGGACACUGGGGGUGAGCGUAUUCGUCUUUUGUCACCAUUAUAUCCGAAUUUAGUUUAUGAGUGAUGAUGCUACUCAAAGAAGAUGAUAGUAUGGAAAUGCAUUGAAUGUGAUUCAAAAACAUGUUUCUUGUUGGAUCAUGUGCAUGUCUAGUGUUUCUGUAGAGUUCUUGAAUGGAUUGUAUGCAUAUGCAAAAUUGGGUUUGAUAUA